GUUUUUAGGAAAGAAAUUGGUUCUAUCAACCAAAAGCUAAACCGGCACUCACAUUUAUUGCAUGAAGAAGUUGCUCGUAUAUCUGAUUUAUUAAGAACCAUACAUGAUGAAAUUUCCUACCACAAGCAGUACUCAAAUUCGUUGAAGACAGAUAUGAUGCGUUUAGAAUCUAAUCAAAAGGAGAGAGACGCAGAAUUGCUUAUGGUGCAAAGAUACAAUGCUAUGCUUUAUGAAGCUUGUACCACUUUGGUCAUGGAAAUUGAAAGCAGAAAAUCCCAAUCGGUUGGAAACAGUUUAGCUUCUGGAGCUCCCAGAAUCAAUUCUGUGUAUCAAAGUUUAGCUGAAGGAAAUGAUUUAGCUGAGAUGACUGACCGGUUUUCUGAGGAAGGUAUUAAGUCGGUAAUAGAGAGAUUAUUCACGGCUAUGAAAGAUUUUAUGAGUCUGCAAAAUGAUAUUGCUGAAUUUGGUCAAAAGGAUAUGAAAGCUGCUAUAUCAAAUCUGCAGAAGGAACUUCAGGAGAAAGAUGUUCAGAGAGAUAGAAUAUGUGCAGAACUUGUUAGUCAGAUUAAGGAAGCUGAAUCUACUUCAAAGAGUUAUUCACAAGAGCUUCAGAUAGCGAAAGCUCAGAUGGAUGAUUUACACAGGAAGGUGAAACUGAUGGAGGAGGAACGAGAUUCUCUGGCACACAGGAUAAAAGAAAUGCAAGAUCAGGAAUCUAACUUUGCUGACUUACAGUUAAGAGUUAAAUCACUUGAAGACAUGCUAGCAGCAAAGGAACAAGAAAACGAGGCACUGAUGCAAGCACUUGAUGAAGAGGAGGCCCAAAUGGAAGACAUGACAAACAAGAUUGAGGAAAUGGAGAGAGUCCUGCUUCAAAAAAAUAAAGAUAUAGAGAGCCUUGAAGUUUCCCGUGGGAAGACUAUGAAGAAGCUUUCUGUUACGGUAAGCAAAUUUGAUGAACUUCAUCAACUAUCUGAAAGCCUUCUGUCCGAGGUUGAGAAUCUUCAGUCACAAUUACAAGAGAGAGAUACAGAGAUUUCUUUCUUGAGGCAAGAAGUUACCAGAUGCACUAAUGAUGCAAUAGCUUCUGCUCAGAUGAGUAGCAAAAGAAAUACUGAUGAAAUCCAUGACUUUUUGACAUGGGUGGACCAGAUGGUUUCCCGAGUCCAGGCUCAUGAUAUGAAUUAUGAUGAUGCAAAAGUUAACCAAAUUCAUGAAUACAAGGAAAUGUUAGAGAAACAGCUUUUGUCUGUGAUAUCUGAGCUGGAGGAUCUGCGCGCACUGGCACGGACAAGAGAUUUGAUGUUGAAAGUAGAGAAAGAUAAAGUAGAACAGCUGGUGAGGAAAGAAGAAUUUCUUGAGAACCGUUUGCGUGACAAGGAAUCUCAAUUAACCAUGCUUCGAGGUGCUAGUGACAUGGGGCAACUAGCAAAUUCUACGUCAGAGAUUAUAGAAAUAGAGCCAGUGGCCAACAAACGGGGAGUGCCUGGAACUGUUGCAUCUCAAGUUCGCAGUUUGAGAAAAACUAAUAAUGACCAAGUAGCUGUGGCUAUAGAUGUGGAUCCUGAAAGUGGGAAACUAGAUGAUGAAGAUGAUGACAAGGCUCAUGGUUUCAAGUCAAUGACGACAUCAAGAAUUGUCCCACGGUUUACGAGGCCCAUAACCGACCUAAUAGAUGGUCUAUGGGUAUCCUGUGAUCGGACACUAAUGCGGCAGCCUGUUCUACGGCUUAGUGUUAUCCUCUAUUGGGCUGUGUUGCAUGCUCUUCUUGCAACAUUUGUAGUAUGAGAAGAAUAGGUCCAUUGUCUGAUUUUCUCUUGCGGAGUCGAGGCAAGAUAGUGCACUGCUGUCUUCACAAUUUGCUGUAAAUCAUCCAAGUUAGUUUUGACUUGAUUGUGGUUGAUCACUUCAUUAUUUUGCUCAACCAAGGAAUUUGUGAUUUGUUCUGUUUUUAUGUGAAUCACUUUCUUGGUUGUAUUCAAUAUAGGCAAAUCCAUAGUACUGUAAUCUCAGUAAGAUAUGUCAUAGCAGUAGGGGCACAUGGAUGGGAGGCUAGUUUAGUGAGAUCACAGUCAAAAGAUGUGUAAAUCUUUUACUAGUAUCCAUUUAUUACAGAUUAUUUUAAUAAGAAAUUUGUUGGUGGUUAUUAUGCUACCACAUCGUUUUUUA